GAUGCUAAUUUGUACUAGCUGGGGGAAAAUGGCUGCUAGUUUCUCAUCCUCUUUAUGAUAAAGGCAAGCUCUCCUUCUAUCUGGGCAUCUAUCUAUCUGUCUAUCUGUAUAUGCAUAUAAAAUUCUAAUUAAUUGAGAAAAGGUGGGGGGGGGGUGCAGUUCUUUCAACGUGAUAAUGCAACCCUAACGCGCCAGCUGUAACGACCCAUCGAUUCACAUUACAUGGUUCGGGUGCGGGCUGUGGUGAUGACCCGAGACGACUCGAGUGGGGGUUGGGUGCCCAUGGGAGGUGGCGGCCUGAGCCACGUGAUGCUCUGCAAAGUCCGACACCCCGAGGAAGGCCGGCACCGGCAGUACCUGAUCAGUGGGGAACGCCUACGGGACCAGACGACGAUCUUGGAGUGCACACUGAAGAGGGACCUUGUCUACAACAAGGUGAACCCCAUUUUCCACCAUUGGAAAGUGGGGGACAACAAGUUUGGCCUUACGUUCCAAAGCCCCGCAGAUGCUGUGGCCUUCGAGAGGGGCGUGCAGGCUGCCCUGGAAGAAAUUGCUGAAGGUUCCCUUUCACCUUCCUCCACUUCCUCCUCCUGUCAGGAUGAAGCCGAAGGAAAAGAAGAAGCUCUGGCAGUGCACACAGAUAGUGAAUCCUCCUCCAACAGCCAGAAGGAAAUGCUCCCCAAACCCAUCACUAUUGUAACCAGUGAGUCCUCAUCCAGCUGCUACAUCCGCUCAUCCGUCUCAGAAGAGUUCACCUUCAGCACGCCAAAGGGAGCAGGGUCGGCUGGACCGGUCCAGCCUCAGCCUUUGCAACAGUUGACCCUCCCAGACGAAGAGGAAUUGGAGAGCAUCUCCCCCUGCAGAGACUUCUGGGUGACCAAAGGCUAUGAGGACUACCGCCGGGCCGUAGUCCAGAAGCACCAGCCGGACCCUGAUAAGAUUGACAUAUGUGUCCACUUCAAGAAGGGUGGAGGAAGCGACAAAUCAUUGCGGGAGAAGGAGUAUAGCUUCCCGCCUGGGGCUGAGGGGCGGCUCAAGGACCCCAAAGCCUCUCCCUCUUGCCGGAUCCAUGGUGCCCCUUCACCCCCCAAACACAAGCCCCUGAAGGAGCAGCAGCAGCCACCCCCGCUUGGGCCGGCAAGCUUGGAUGAGGACACCGUGCCCUCUCGAUGCGUGUACUGCCGGGACGUCUUUAACAACGAGGAGAAUGGGCGCGGGCAAUGCCAGGAUGCCCCUGACCCCAUUGGCCGCUGCGUCUACCAGUUCACCUGCAUGUGGUGCGCUGAGAGCAUGCUGUACCACUGCAUGUCGGACUCGGAAGGGGAGUACUCGGACCCUUGCUCCUGCGACACUGGCCACCCCCACUUCUGCAUCCGCUGGAUGGCCUUGGUCACCCUCUCCCUCGUGGUUCCUUGUAUGUGCUGCUACCUGCCCCUCCAUGCCUGCCACUGGUGUGGAGAGCACUGUGGCUGCUGUGGGGGCAAGCACAAGGCCGUGCGGUGAAGCCAGAGGGGGUCCGAUACGGGGCGCUCAUUUUUAGCUGCCAGGGCAGCAGCAGGCAUACGCCGGCAGCUUUCCACAAAGCCGGAGGUUUGCUGGGGGCGUCUGGUCCGACCCCACUCUUCCCCGACCCCACUCUCAGAUCCUCUUUCCGCUUCCCCUCCAACCCUCUUAUGCCAGUGUUGGGGAAAAGAGCACUGUGUUUUGAGGCAGACUGGUGGAAUUCCUGUUUUGUUCUGUUUUCAUUUUCCAAUUUUAAAAAUAGUCGGGAGGGGGACGGGUAUCAUUUUUACACCAAAAUGGUUUAAGAAAAGAAAUAAUGAUCAAGAAAGGAAACACAAUUGAACAAUUUUAGCAGGCUUGGCAAUGGGAUGUUGCCAUAUGGGAGAUAACAGGUUACAAGUACUGUCUGCUUUCUGUCUUGUUUUUAAGAAAAUAAGUUAAAAUUCAAGAGAGAAGUGAAAGGGAUGUGUGCCUAAUGAGGUAGGGGCACCAUCUUUUUUUCCUGCCUUCCAUCCCAUGCCUUGAAGGUCAUAGUGUUUUAAAAAUCCUCACAACAAAGAUACUAAGCUCCAUUCUGGAGCAGGUGAUUUUGGAUUGAUGGAUCACCACUUGCAUAGACCCCAGGUAUUACCUCUUGUUGGCACAAGGCCUUCCUUGGAACUGCUCCCAAGUUCGCUCAGCAAGAUCUCAGAAACUUUCCGAUGCCGCACCGGGCAAAGUUCUGGAAUUUCUUGAGUGAAAACUUAAGAGGGCAUCUAUUCCUUUAAUGAUUUUGUAGAAGAGAGAAUUGCAGCAGGUGUUGCCUUUUCAUUUAUCUAUUUAUUUAAUUAAUGUGUAUGACACCAUUCUCCUGAAGUGGCUUACUAAAAGAAUCAAUUAAAUCAAUCAGAUACAGUGACUUACUAAAUCAAUCAAUUAAAUUUUCCCAGUAAAAAAUAUGAAUCCAGUUUUAAAUCCCAUUAAAACAACGUAACAUAAAUAUAAUGAAGCAUCUUUCCAAUAAGAAACCUCACUCUCAAUAAAAUCAAAAGGAAAACCAAAAGGAAAUUCAAGUGGGUGGUAGCAGCCACUGAAAAGGCUCUCUUGUGUCCUCACCAACCAGGAUUGAGAGGAAACCUCCCCUAUGGAUCUUAAAACUCUGGAAGGUUCAUAUAGGGAGGUUUGGCCUUUUAGAUAGUCUGGAACUGAAUGCGGUUAGUGCUUUGAUCACUGAACUAUGACUCUAGAGACCAGAGCUAGAUUCCAUUGUUGGCCAUGGAAACCCACUUGAUCAAAUCAAAAUACUCUCAGCUUCAGAAAAACCUUGAUAGGUUUGCUAUAAGUCAUAUAGAUCUGUUGUACAGUUGUUUGUUACCUGGAUUAUGGGGACAGCUGCUGUUCACCUUGCUUGUUGUAAGCAGGCAUGCACAGCUACAAGAAGAACCCCACCUCAACCUUUAUUGUAUUGUUUACUACAGACAUACUGAUGCCACCCAGUACCGAAAGCCUGUGUUUCUCCAGUUUCUUCACAAUCUUUCUAAUGCCAAUGCUGCUACAAAAUGUUGAGAUAGAUAGAGGACAAGGAGAAAAAGGGAACCUUGGCACAUAAAACGGCUUUGUAAAAGACACGAUCUUUUUCAGAGACUUUGCUGACUGAGCUAUGUCUGUACUGUAGUAUGUUUUGUAGCAAGGUGUUAAUGAUUUGCACUCAACACUCAAUCCUCAAUAAUAAUUGGGGGCAAAAUAUUUAACUUUUUAGGGAUUUUUUUUUAAAUCAUGGGCCCACCUAGAACCCAAUUUGCCCACCUCUGUGAUAGCUGUUCCCCUUCCUUUGGAAUGAAGAUGGGAAUUGAGGUUAAGUGUCUUUGGAAAGUCUCUGAACUAAAAGUUGUUUUCUGCUGGAAAUGUAUCACAAAGGAUGUGGCUGUUAUUACUGAAAGCUUCUCCACGUUUACAUUUUCAUGGUGGAAACCCAAAGCAGGAUCAUAUAGAUUGAGGGAGCAUAUUCUGUCUGGGUAAUAGUCUAAAAUGUCAAACCCCUUUAAAGAGAAAAAGGAUAUUCAUAGUAUUUUCUUUCAUUCUCAUGCAUACAAGAAUCAAAACAACUCAAACUGGUUUAAAAAUUGCUUGGAAUUUAACAUUGAUUCUGUAGCACAGUGUUUCUCAACCUGGGGUCGGGACCCCUGGGGGGGGGGAUCGCGAGGAGGUGUCAGAGGGGUCACCAAAGACCAUCAGAAAACACAGUAUUUUCUCCUGGUUACGGGGGUUCUGUGUGGGAAGUUUGGCCCAAUUCUAUCGUUGGUGGGAUUCAAGGGGCUCUUUGAUCGUAGGUGAACUGUAAAUCCUAGCAAUGACAACUCCCAAAUAUCAAGUUCUAUUUUGCCCAAACUCCGCCAGUGUUCCCAUUUCGGCAUAUUGAGUAUUCAUGCUAAAUUUGGUCCAGAUCCAUCAUUUUGACUCCCAGCAACCACAACUCCCAAAUGACAAAACUCUUCUAGUGUUUUCUGUUAGGCAAACAGAAGUUCGAUGUGCCAAGGUUGGUUCAAGUCCAUCAUUGGUGGAGUUCAGAAAGCUCUUUGAUUGUAGGUGAACUAUAAAUCCCAGUAACUACAACUCCCAAAUGACAAAAUCAAUCUCUCCCAACCCCACCAGUAUUCAAAUUUGGGCAUAUUGGGUAUUUGUGCCAAAUGUGAAUGAAAAUACAUCCUGCAUAUUGGAUAUUUACAUUAGGAUUCAUAACUACUAAAAUUACAGUUAUGAUGUAGCAACAAAAAUAAUUUGAUGGUUGGGGGUCGCCACGACAUGAGGAACUGUAUCAAGGGGUCGCGGCAUUAGGAAGGUUGAGAAACACUGCUGUAGCAUCUUUGGAGCUUUAGGGAAUUGGAAAAGAAUGGAACAAUGCAGGGGCAGGUAUGGGAUAAUUCUUGACUACAUUAUGGCAUAAGUCAUUCGCAGUGCUGGAGGGUAAUUUUACCAGUGUGUGAGAUUGGAACUCCAGUCCCAGGGCGCUCCUGCAUUGGCAUGCCAUAUUAUUCAUAAUAACAAAUUGAGAGAACUAUGGAGUGUUGUGGAUUUUCUUAAAAGCAGAAUAACAACUUAGGACAAACAUAGUUUGGUGCAAGAUAUAGCAAUGCACUUUUAAUAUGAUUGUUUAUGCAGACAGGGUUCGGUUUACAGGGUACGUUUUAAUGCCCUCAUUGUAUUCUUUCUUUUUCGUAUGUGUGUGUAGAUUUGUGUGUGUGUGCACCUUUGUUAAGAUUUACAUUCUGAUGAGGCAGAGAAAACGUAAUUCACAGCACUAAAGAAAGAGAUGGGUGCUAUACAAAACAAAAAUGCCAGGGGGGAUAUCAUUUUGACUAAAUUUCCAAACCUCUCUGCCAGUUCAGUCCUAACAGAAAUUUUCUAUUUCUGAAAAGGAGGGUUGGCACAACUGUUCCAAUAUUUCAUCCCUGUCAUUCUAACGUAGGUUACUGCUGGCCCCACUGUAUUGGUCGAGGAAUGGAGACAGAGCCAAUAAGUAGGAAUUUAAAGCAUUAGUACAAUUGAAUAAUUGGGGUGAAAGGGAUUUUUAUCAUUUGACAAACCACUGUAACUGGAAAACAAAUCAAACUCUCACCAAUCUUCCAAGGUGUGAAAUAGUGCAUCUUCAAAAUACACUUUGUCGCACCACUGGGAGAGGCCUAGGGACACCGAUUAUUUUAAGGAGUAUGUAUCAAUGGCAUGUGGCUUAAUUUCUCUCUCACUGCUUCUCAGACUCCUGUGUGAAUAGUCAAUGAGGGACAGGGAGCAGGGUAGAGACAAUUGGAAAUGAAAAGGAUGCCUGCAGAUGCCAAAAGUGCAGUAAGGAAGAGGGCAUGCCUUUGUGAAAAACCACUCCUCUUUAAAGCACACUAUCUACAGAAGCCUCAAAACAAUUUUUGCCUUGUCAUUUUUUCCAUUCCCCGUCGGAUACUGUGGUUCAAUUUCUACAGCUGUUUAUUAUGACGAAUCAGCGUCACUGUUUGAUUUACAUGUGAAUACCUUAAUUGUGCACUUAUAGGAGUAUUUCUAAGCACUAGAAGCAAGCCUUACUCAAAGCACGGGUCUUGUUCGGGGGCGAAUUUCCUUGGGAUCAGAAAUUCCUAAUGUCCUGGGCUCAAGGGCUGAACCAGAGCUUGUAAAUUAAGAAUCAUAGAGUUGGAAGAGACCACAAGGGGUAUCUAGUCCAGACCCCUCUAAUUUGUGGAAAGGGGGGCUAUAUCUCCCAGAAUCCUUCAAACAAGGUUUUGCAAAGAAACUGGGAGAUUGAUAAGCCUGUUCCCUGAGGAAUUUACAAUUUAGCAGUCACUGGCAACUUUUCAACAGUAGCAUUGCAGAUGUGUCCUAAAGAAUAUGGGGCUUCCCAUGUUCUUUCAUAGUACUUAAAUCAAUCCAAGGAGAACAUACAUGGGAGAAUAUGUUCAAUCCCAUAGAUAUUAUCCUAUGGGUUAGAUCUAGCUGUCUCCUGCAGCUCAAACUCUCUUCCAAAUCUACCAUCCCAGGUAACAGGUAAAGAGACUUGGAGAAAAAGUAGGACUCUCUGUUUUCCUAGCUCUUUCUCAUGUUUUUUGGCAAUGUCAUACAUGAAUCCAGAUCCCUUUGGUCCACAUUUAGAGCUUGGGUGUUCUGGAUUUCGCCUUCGCAUGCCCAUGCGGGAAUACGGAUUACAGAAACAGGGAUCAGAAAAGGUUUUAAUAAGGGGUGUUGUAUAUUGUUGCCCAAGACUGUUUUCAUUCUGUUUUAUAUAUUUAAAAGAAAAGGAGUCGUUAACAAAAACCAAAACAGCAGGGGCUAAGGAGAUGAAUACUGCAAACAUUUUUUUUCCUUUGGUGUGGUUGCCAAUCUGAUUUUUUUUCCUGUUUUAAGUAUUUUAUCAGAUUUGUAUAUUCAAUAUUGUAAUUUAUGUGUAUUUUAAAAAGAUUCUACAAAAGAAUGGUAGAGAUGAGACUGGAGAAGAAUGCUCUAUUAUUUAAAAAUGUAUGUUGUAAAUUAAAAACAAAAAAAACACAGUCGUAGAAAGA